GAAAUAAAAUGCAUAACCUUAUUUAUUUAAACGUCAAGCUGUAAAGAAUUUGUAUUACUUAAAUUGUUUAAAAAGUAUAAAAAUAAUGAAAAAUUAAAAAAUAUUAGUCAGUUACCGGUAUGUUUUAAUUAUACAUUAGUGAGAGCAUCAAUGAAUAAAAAUUUAGUAACAAUGCCGGUAUACCCGGAGACUCCUCCAGAGCAUAUUCAUUCAAAGUCUAUUAUUGUAAUUCACCCUGGAUCCCUUAAUCUGAGGAUAGGGAGAGCUUCUGACUUGAAUCCUGUAACAGUUUUACAUGCAGUUGCCAGGAAACGUUUAAAACUUGGUUAUAAAUAUCAAGAUUCCUUUUUACCAUCUAGAGUUGCUGUGACCCAGGAAAUGGAAGAAGCAAGACUUCAAGUUUCUCAUACUUUACAGUCUUGCUUGCAAUCUGACGGAAGAAGGCGUUAUGCAACACCUCCUCAACAAAUUGCAGCAUUCAAUAGGCGUGUUCAACCAGAGGUUUUGUCUACAACAGGUGGAGAAUGGACUAAAUUUGAAUCUGAUGUUAUUGUGGGAAAUGAUAUAUUAAGAAUUAAUUCUCAUGAAGAUUAUAAUAUACAUUUUCCAUAUCGAAGAGGUGAUUUUAAUAUUCAUUCUGGUCCUGGGGGCUCCAUGACUGCAGUUUUGGCUGAUUUAGAAACUAUUUGGAGUUAUGUUUUAGAGACUAACUUUAAUAUAGAUAAAAAAUCUUUUAGACUUUAUAAAGCAGUAUUGGUAGUCCCUGAUGUCUACAAUAGAACAUACUUAAGAGAACUUGUAACCCUUUUACUGGUAAAAAUGGGUUUUAAAAGCUGCUUUUUAGUUCAGGAUCAUGUUGCAGCAACAUUUGGAUCAGGCUUAAGUUAUGCUUGUGUAGUUGAUGUAGGGGACCAAAAAACUUCAGUAUCAUGCGUUGAAGAUGGGAUUUGCCAUAGGAAUACAAGAGUCAGAAUUGAUUAUGGUGGAGGUGAUAUAACACAAGUAUUCUUCUGGUUGCUUCAAAAAUGCGCAUUUCCAUAUAAAACAUGUAAUGAACAAAAUAAAUUAGAUUCAAUGUUACUACGGAAGUUAAAAGAAGAUUUCUGCCACGUUAAUUUGGAUGUUUGUGGUUCUCAAGAAAGAACAUUUAUCUUAAAACAACCUGAGAGGCCGGUGUUACAGUAUACUAUACAAGUUGGUGAUGAAUGUAUUGUGGCACCGCUUAGUUUAUUUACUCCCGAGUUAUUUGAAAUUACGGGUCCAAAGCAAGUCUAUACCCAGAAACCGUCUUUAGGUGACCCUGAGGAUCCUCACGAUGAAAAUUAUUUAAGAGAAUCAAGGAAAAAGGGAUUAAAAGAAAACGAGCAAAACUCAGCUGACGCCUUUGGAGAAAAUUAUUUGGAGCAAAGUGGAAGUCAGAAUGUUACAAACGAUGACGACAUUGUAGUUGAUGGUAUAGAUUCUGCAGUAAUAACGACUGAUAAAGAUUUUGUUGUUAAUCCCGGCCAAAUUUUGGGAUUAGAUCAGGCAGUGUUGCAAAGCAUUGACCGAUGUCCAAAUGAAGAUCUUAAAAGGAAAAUGUAUGGAUGUAUUUUAGUAGUUGGAGGAGGCAUGAAGUUCUCUGGAAUAGCAACGUGGUUACAAAAUCGUAUUUCUUUACAGAUCCCAUAUCUUUACAGAGGAGAGCAGUUGGAUAUUAUUACAAAUCCAAGGGAUAUGGAUUCUGCUAUGGUGGCAUGGAAGGGGGCGUCAAUAAUGUCUUGCUUAGAAACAGCACAUGAAUUAUGGAUUACAGCAAUAGAGUGGGAGAAGUUUGGAGUUCGCGUACUUAGGGAAAGGGCUCCUUUUACGUGGUGAUAUCUUUUUGCACUUCUAUUUAUUUUAUAUUUGAAAGACGGAAACAACGGUCUACAUAUAAAAUAAUGUAUUUAAAUGUAGGUUAGGGUAAAAUCUUAUAAAAUUUGUACAGAACAAUAUGUUGGAGAAAAUCUGAUAACAUUAACUUCAAUCUUAUUACUAUUACUUAACUUUUUUUUGACAUUUUUAUACUGAAAAUAAUAAACUUAAUUAAACAUCACAUCUACAGUACUACAGUAGUCAUCACAGCUAAAGGAAAACAUCAUAACAUAUUUGUAGAAGUUGAAAUUCCUACAGUUAAUAUAAAUAGAUGAAUAGGUACAUUUACGCAAAUAUCUAACAGACAAAAUAGUACAUUAAGAAAAUCAUAAAAGGAAUAAUUGCCUAAAAAAUGGAUAUUUGAAUAGUCUAAGAGCCAUAAAAAUUUAAUGAAAUCGAAACUGUUCCAACAUUUGCCAGUGCUGAGAUCCUUUCGUGUAUGUACUUAGUGUAAAUUUUAGCAAUACUAAUGUACUGUGAGGAAAGUUGGCUAGCAGAAUAUUAAAAAUUGAUCCCUUUCUUAAGGAGUCCCAUAAAACCAAACCAGAUCUCAGCAGCAGCUCUUAGACUAUUAAUAUAAUUUCACAUACUGGGUGAAGCAAAAUCAUUCCUAUGUAUUUAUUGUCUAAAUAGAGAUAUCUUCGUUUUAUAAAUUGAAAAUAAAUGAAUGAGGUAAUAAAUAUA